AUGAACGCGUUCGGACUAAUAUUUAUGGGCAUCUUACAAAUCGUCAAAAAUGAAGAGUCGCCAUUUUCGCGACAGUCCUUAGAAGAAGCCUGGGAAGAACAGUUGAUCAAGGAUUUAAAAUCAAAAUAUACUACAAUAGAACCUCCUAAUAGUAUAACCGAAAUCAGUGCUCAUUUUUUUCUAAAGUACUUUACAAUGGGCGAAGACGAGACGACCUUCACAGCUUACAGUUGGCUAGUUUUAUCAUGGAACGAUGAAAGACUCAAAUGGAAUGUAACAAAUUAUCAAGGAUUAUCAGAAAUCGUUUACAGCAGUUACAAAUUCUGGGAGCCAAGUAUACGUUUGCUAAAUGAAGUUGAUUUGGAAGACUACGGCUUACAUUACGGAUUAUGCAGAUUGGAUAAAGAAGGUGAUAUAACUUGUGUUCCUAGAAUUUUACACGAAGCUCCUUGCCAUACUAAAUUGACCAACUGGCCGUAUGAUACUCAAAAUUGUACACUGCAGAUUGGGUUCUUUACUAGUUUUGGUAAUAUUGUUCUUAAGAAACAAAAUAAAGUUGUAAGUCUAAUGGGCGCUGAAUACGGUGCUGAAUGGACUAUAUUAAGGGUUUAUGUAGAACAUGAUACUGUUAAGAGUCCUUUAAGACAGGUUGAUAAAGGAUCGCAGUUAGAUUUAACGUUUCUGGUUGAAAGAGAAGGGAAUGGUCUCGGUGCUAUUAUUGUUUUUCCAACAAUUUUAAUGACGAUCAUCACAUUGAGUACUUUUAUGUUGAGUGUUACAGAAAACAUACGUUUAGGAAUUAUAUGUUUCAACUUGUCGUGCCAUUUUUGGUUUAUAACCGAGCUGAGUAAUUUAAUUCCUAAACACAGUGAAAAUUCACCGACAAUUUUGUUCUAUCUCCGAGAUUCUGUGAUGAUUAACAUUUUAUUAGUUUUGUUUUCAAUGUUUUUGAUUCGUUUGCGUAAAAAAACGGUUCCUACGCCAUCUUGGAUAAGUUCUAUAAAUGAGAAUGUUUUGAAAAGUAAAUUUAGUUUUCUAAUAUGGCCGCGUUGGGAGGCGCAGAUAAAGAAGGGGAUAUCAGAAGAAAAACUGGUGUUUUUGGGCCAAUGGGCCGACUUUUCGAGUAUAGUGAAUUGUUUCUGCUUAUAUAUUGUCACGUUUGUGUAUGUAUAUUACAUUUGUGUCUAUGUACCACGUCCGUCUGUUUAUAAUGAGGAACAGCUUGCGAGUUCCGGUUGGGUUUGGACGUAA